AUGCUAGAACUAGAUAAACAAACUGCAAUGGAAGCCCAACUGGCAUCACUCAUGAAUGAAGUGAAGAACCUGAAAGCUGACCAAGCAGCACCAAGGAUAGAAGUCUUGCAACUCACAGCAGCUGAAACUGAACCAUGCUCAGCCUGUGGAUCACUAUCAGGGAAUACUAACGUUCCCUCAACAACCUCACCAAAAGAGGCACUUACUUCCCCUACAGAGCACAUUAAGGCUGUCACCCUAAGAAGUGGGAAAGCUACUGCACCACCCACGACUCUGUCAAGAGAAAAAGGAAAGACUAAAGCAUCUGAAGAAGCUCCAAAAACACAACACCCAGAGCCUGAAAAGGAGGACGAAGCCAAAGAAGACCAAGUGGACAACAGUCAAGCAAUCAGUUCAACCCAAAGCAGGCUAAUACCAACAAAAAUUAUGUUACCUAAGAGAACAACGAAGCAACAGGAAGAUAAGCAAUUUGGUAAGUUCCUGGACAUCUUAAAACAACUACACAUCAACAUCCCUGUGGUGGCACUAGAACAAAUGCCCAGGUACGUAAAAUUCAUGAAAGAUGUUCUCUCAAAAAAAAGAGGGAUAACAGAAUAUGAGACUGUAAAAAUGACACAAGAAAGUUGCCAGUAUUUAGGCAAACUUCCACCUAAGCUUCAAGAUCCAGGCAGCUUCACCAUUCCCUGCGUUAUAGGAAACACGUACCAAGGGAAAGCCUUGUGUGAUUUAGGGGCCAGCAUCAAUCUCAUGCCUCUAUCUGUCUUCAAACAAUUAUCCACUGGACCAGCUGACCCAACCACGGUAACCUUACAAAUGGCAGACAGAUCCAUUGUCAAACUAGAGGGGAAGAUUGAAGAUCUGCUAGUCAAAGUGGACAAAUUCAUCUUGCCCGCUGAUUUCUUCAUCUUAGAUUAUGAAGCUGAUAUUGACGUUCCCAUCAUUCUGGGUAGACCGUUCCUAGCAACUGGAGGAGCAGUCAUCAAUGUACAAAAAAGGAAACUAACCAUGAAAUUACAUGAUGAUGAAAUCAAAUUCAACGUCGUUAAGGCAAUGAAGUUCCAGGACGAAGGUGAAGAUUUGGAAGAAUGUUCUGCCCUCACUGUGUUAGAUAACCAGUUCAGCAUAAAAACAGAAGGGGAAGAAUAUGAGGAGGAAGAAGAAGGUCCACAACAAGGGGAACAGAGUUGCUAUCUGCAAGAAAGAAGGCCUGAACCUUUGAUAAGAACAGAAAAAGAAAAAUAA